GUUUUUGCUCUUGUCGGGUAAAACUUUCCAACUUCAUCCGGUCUAUACGCACUUGUUGAGGAACUUCCGAAUGGUGCGAGUUUUCAGAAGUUCAUAAUUCUCUUGGGAGGAAGUUUUUUUUUUCUAUCUCCUUCGAAGGCGAGACUUUCGACACGCGCAAAAGUUCAUCGUUUCUCAGUGUUGCAAGCCUGUGGGGGUGCUUAGGACUAAGAAUUCAAUAGAAUCCCUCGCUGAAGUGGAAAACAGAGAAGAGUAGAGGAUAUUUUUUCCUUUAGCAAGGAUUAAAUCACGACACAUCCCCGAAAGCUUUUUCGUUGGUGGUGGAUUUUCAGGAUAAAUCAUUUUUUCUUCCAUUCGCGGAACCAUAACGUGCUACAGUUCCAUUAUUUUUUUUGUGAAUGGUGAAAAGGUGUGCAACCAACAAGUGUAAAACAGGAGAAAUAAGCAAAGCCGGAAAAUUAAAACACACGGUGUGUUAAAAACGGUGAAAAGUGUACUUUCCUUGCCCGGUCUCAUCGUAUAUUCGGUCCUGGCUGUCUACACUGAAGAGCGUGUGGAUAAAACAUAGUGAAUAACCGAGUUUUAUUACCAUGUUAUUUGCACUUGGAGAAAAUACAAACAAAUAAUAUUUUGAAUACUUCACGCCGUGCUGCCACACUUGGAGAAAGGGCCGCCACCGUACUGCAGUAGGAGAUUGGCCUCGUUUCACUUUUUCCGAUUAAAACGAAAUCGGCGCGCAGCUGCGGUGUGGUGUGCUGCACAACCCAUUCGCGAAGGAAGAAAAUUUCAUGAUUCAUGCAAACAGAAUUUCUACCACUGGAUAACGACAUUCGAAAUAGGAACGCGAAGCAUGAAAACAUGAAAUAACUUUUCAAGAAUUCCAGCCAAAUAAUCGCAAGUGUGUUGAUUGCGUCUUUCAGUGAAUGUUUCAGUUUAUUUCAGCACCGUGCUGUUCCAAUUCAGGCAGGGGUCAAAACAAAAACACUCCUUGUUACCUUGAUGUUUAAAUUGCCUAGUUUGAUUUUGUUUUGAACCAUCCUAGCUCUGAAAAAAAGUGUGCGAAAAGCUUUUCCAUAGAAAAAAAAAACCGUGAACGUGUAUUCCGUGAAAAUGUGUAAUACAAAAGUGAACUCCCCCAAAAUGUGUGCACAUUAUUGGGGUUUUGUGGCAAUCCUCAUGGUAUCGGUGUUUGCGGUUGGGGCCUACGGUGGAUCAUGCCGGGAAUCGUCCUUGUGCUGCAACGGGCGCGAUUCAUCCUGUGUGGUGCAAAAAGCUCCGCUGAAUGCGAUUAUCGAGGAUUUAAAUGAUAAGCCUUGUUACUGUGAUCACGCCUGUUUGCGGCUCGGCGAUUGCUGUGAGGAUUUCAAAUCCCACUGUGGUGUGAUCGAUUGCAUCGUCAGUGAGUGGGGACCGUGGAGUGAAUGUGACACCGCCUGCGGAACCGGUAUGAUGUCACGGACCAGGAUAAUUGAUCAGAAACCGCAAAACGGUGGCAAGCACUGUCCAUCACUGGUGCAAAAACGGGGCUGCCAAGGACUCAAAUGUCACAACCAUCACGAUCGGAAGGUGCUAAGAGAAACAGCGCUUCUUCUGCCGGCGGAUUUAUCGAAGAGUAGACAUGAAAACGACACCAGUGACAUUCGCCGGAACUUGAGACUUCGAUACAAGAACGCAUUCAAACAUAACCGAGGAAACGAGUACUGCAUAGAGUUUGAAGUCAUUAAAGCAACCAAGGCUUGCCACCGGGACAAAACCUAUAACGCCCUGGCCGAGGGAGACCGUGUAAUUGUACGAUGUGACCUCGAGGCCCUGCACGAAGACAAAUCGGCGGUGGAUACAGAGAUUUCGAACAACUCAAUUCAGGACGAAGAGGAUGAACGCCAGCAGGAGCGAAAGCCCAAAUUCCGUUGUCGCGGGGAAGGAUUGACCGGACGCAGCACUCGGUUCUCCAGCUUAGCAUUACCCUCCUGCCGAGGCAAGUGGAUGCGCGUGACGACGAAGCAGCUGAAAAAAUGCUCCACCAUCGAGGCACAGUUUAUUUUCGUUUAGAAAGAGAGAGCGCGCACAACCGCCACCUUGGAACGGGGUGGAACAUACUUUGAGAUAAUAUACGGUCGGUUUGACCCGGUGGAGAAUCCUUUCGGCAUAUGAGUAGAGUAAAAACGCGACGCCACGUGAAAGUGACACCGUAAAUGUGUGUAUCAUUGACAAUAUUCAACUAUCGGAGGAAGAGAGCGAGUGGAAAGUCGUGAGACGAAAUAAAGUCACUUUGUAUAAUGAAAAUUCUCGAGAAUAAUAAGAAAGAACAAGAAGACUAACGAUGGAAAAGAAAGCUUGAUAUGGAGAGUAAAUGCACGUAACAGUAAAAUGUCGCAUGAAAAGGAGACGAGAUGGAAGAAGUUAAAGAACUUGUUAGUUUUAGAGCAGGUGACAGUGACAUUUACUGUCACAAGUUUUUAAAUCUAUUCUCGAUAGAGAAGAAAAUUGAAAAUGCAAAAUUUAUCGAGAGAUUCUAUAUUUUAAGAUAGAUAAGUAGCUAAAUCUAGGAAACAGGAGGACAGAAAAACUUUAAUCGAACCUAAUUUAGUUGUCAGAAAUGAUAUCAACCACUAUUUAUUCGUCACUUGAACUUGGUCAAGAUCAAACGUGGUAAAUCACUCGGAAAACUAAAAGCAAGAGAUGAUACAUUAAGUAUAAGGUUUACAUGCUUUUUCACAGGUUUUACCGACAUCCUUUUAUAGUUUUAUCUAUUUUUUUUUUCUUACACGAGCAUACGAUUUAUUUCGUGCAAUCCCUCACAAUGAAUGCGAAAUGUUCAUCAUAGGUACAUCAUUUCUUUCUACCAAUAAAUUUCCAUGAAUAAGAAAACAUUAACAGUGCCAUAUCGGUCGUAUUAUACUCACUUGUUUUCAACCAACAGUCGGUCACAGAGAAAAUAAAACAAUCACUUCAGUCAUGUAAAAAUGAAUCAUAAAACCAAUUACCGCUAAGGAAAUCCAGUUCGUAUCAAUAAGCUUAAUUUUCCGAUUCAGUUAUAAAACAGUGUAAAAUAAUGUUAAAUAUAUAAUUCAA